UGUGUAGAUAAUGGGGCAAAAUGAGAGGAGGACCCAAAUCUCCAACAAAUGUACCAGCACCUGCCUGCUCUAAUCUUGUGUGACCCUUUUCUCACCAACCUCUGAAAAAGAGUGAGCUUUUUUCUCUAUCUUCAACACCCCCAAAUCAUUUUUCAAGAUUACAGUCCCUUACUUUAUAGGGGUGGCUGAGUUCGGUGAAGUUUUCUGGUGAAAUUGGUUAGUUUUUAUUGGUGGGUUUUGCACUUUACAUGCGUCUUUGAAAUGGGCUGUCUUUAGAUUCUUUUACUUUUUUUAAUUGGGAUUUUUUCUUGGGAAAAAUUGAUUCUUUUUAUUGAUGCGUCGUGCGCUGCAGAAAGGGUGUUUUUGCGUAUGUUUUUUCAGGGAUUGAGGUUGUUGCUCGUGGUUAUUGAAUAUGGCUUGUGAUUAUUCGUAAGGCUUACAGGUUUGACAAGUCGUAUUUGGUGUUUCUGGAUAUUGCCGCUCUACAGAAAAAUUGAGAAAGUUGAAUAGUUUUGGAUAUUGAUUGUUUGAUUGAAGAGUAAUCUUUCCUCAUUUGGUGAUUUUUCGCUUUUUCUUUCCCAUUAGCAUUAGGGUUCUUGGCUAUAGCUUCUCAAGAACAGAACUUUUUUUCCUUUCUACAGAACCUAGAUAAGUUUGUCUUUGUUUCACUUGGAGAAAUUGAGCAAUCCUUGCUUUUCCUCAUACCCUUUUGAAUCAAAGCAAAGAGGUUUAGUGUUAACUUCCUGUUCAUUGUGAUUUCUCUGGCACUUAUCUUGUCUUAGCAUUGGAGUAGUUUUUGCCUUUGCCGAAGAUGAUUCUAACAGGGAGAUUCCGGCUGUAGAGCUAGGUUAGUAUAGCUGCUGUGAGGAUUGCAGUGAACAUGGAUAUUUGGGUUGUGGCUGCAGCUGCUGGUGCUGGGUAUGUAGCCCAGCAUUGGAAGAACCUCUUAAGAAGCCGGCAUGAUUUGUUAGAAUCAUCUCCUGGGAGUCCUAGUUUUGUAAGAAAUGAUUCAUUAACGCGUAUGCAUCAAGUCUUGGAUAAGAAUUGUUCCUCUCCUGUGGAGACACCGAGAAAGAAACUAGAUGAGUGUGCUGCAGAAAGAUUGGCUUUCCAUGAUCCAGAAGUGGCUUGCACCAGCAGUUUGGCUGAUGAAAGACUAGGGAUGUUGUGUGAUUCUGAUAAUUUUCAUUUGAACUCUGGGUUGCCGUGUGAUAAAGAACUUCAAGGAGAUCAGGGUGGAAGCAUAUGUGGUAACAUCAAUGAACUGGGAUAUGAGUCAUCACUUCCCCCUUCUACGGCUGAAUUGGCGUUUUCUUAUGGUACUUCAAGGAAAAAGAGCAACCUUAGGAGUAGAAGAAAAAUUGGGCAUCUUAUAAAGCCUCUGAAUUCUCUUGAAAGCUGUCUCAUGGCUCAAUUAUACAAGGAACAUGGUGAUGUUGAAGACCAUAUUUUCAGUUCAAACUCUUCACCAUGGACUCCAACUGCGAGGCCUUUUGUAGUUACUGACGGGAGCAAAAUUAUAAGCAGGGCUAGUUCUAAUUCUAUUAAUGCCCCAAGAAGUGCUGGACAUCAUAAGCAGCAGGAUAAUUUUUCACAAAUGAAUACUGUAUUUGGAGUCCCUCAACUACCUAGUGUUGGAUCCAUGGAGCUCCUCAGGAAAGACAAGGUGAAGGAUCAGUCCGGCAGAUUUAGUGAUUCCAUUGGAAUGAACAAUGAGAGACACAGCAGUUUAAAAGGAUCAUCUCAUCGUGUGCUUCUUUUCUGUCUUGGAAUAUCUGUGGGUAUGAUAUCCUCUUUCUGGAAAAAUAGAAAGGAAAUGGCUAAGUUAAAUGAGUUGCUGAGACAGUCGGAGAAUUUGGUUCAAGAUCUACAUGAGGAACUUGAAAUGAAAGAAUUAAUUACUGUGAAAGAGCUUGCCACUGAAGAUUGUGGGUCACAAGAUGCACAUAAUGAUUCAUCAAACAAUGGAGCUUUACUGGCACCUUCCCCUAAAGGAAAGAUGGAUAAGUCGUCAACAAAUUACGAUGAAGACUGUCAAAGCCAGAGAACAGAGGAAGAAUCUAGGAGUAAAAUUGAAGCAGAGCUUGAAGCUGAAUUGGAGAGGUUAGAAUUAAGUAUGAACUCGUCUAAAUUGGAGGGGAAACUAGCAGAGCUACAUGAGCUUGAUCCAGAUUUUGUGACAGAUCUAGCCAAGGGGGAGUUAAGAACUGAACUCUUUAAUAGACAAGCCAGAGGUCAACCUUAUGCAGAUCAGGAUGGUAGCGGGACCUCAACUCAUCAUCCUGCUAACUAUGCCAUCUCAUCUAGAGAGCUGACUUUGCGGCUGCACGAAGUCCUCCAAUCACAAUUAGAAGACCGGGUCAAGGAGCUUGAGAUGGCACUUCAGAACAGUGAAAGGAAAGUUCGUUAUAUGGAAGCAGAACUUGUAAGUUCUUGGAGGGACUCCUCAAACAGUGAAGGGGGUUCUUCUUCCACCCAUGGUAGUCCUGUAACUAAAGUUGAACAACGUACAGCAGACCAGCCAAUGACAAUCAAUUUACGCGGGGAUGCUUUAGAUGCAUAUAACGAGGCUUAUAACGUGUUCACAAGGUUAAAUUCAAAGGAGGAGGAUGUUGCUGUUGCAUCAGGAGUUAUGGACAUCAACCACCAAGAGAACUCGCGUUCACGUGAGCGUAACUUUGACUGGAUUGAAAAUGAUAGGAUGAAUGAUGAAAGUGAUGAUGAGAUGGAAAAGUUGUUAAUUAGACAUAUUGUGGAGAAGGCAAAGAAAGGCUCUCCAGCAGUUUUAAAUGUGCAGAGAGCAUUGUUCUCCCUUGAUGAUAAUGAACAUUGAUACAUUCACAACAUAUAGAUAGUGAAAUCAGAUUAAAGAUUUUGCAGUUAGUUGACUGCUUUUCAUGAACA